CAUUUUGAUAAGCAAGGGGGCGGUGAUGAAACAACACCGGCAGCCAAAUUAGGUCUGGGGAAUUUGAAGACGCUGUGUAGGUUACUGCAGUGGAAGUGUGCAAGCGAAAGCGAACUGUGAAAUCAUGAAGGCAAUCAUCCAGAGAGUAGCAAAAGCAAGCGUGACAGUGGGAGGGGAGCAGGUCAGUUCUAUUGAAAGAGGCCUGUGUGUUUUGUUGGGCAUUUCUUUGGAGGAUACACAGAAGGAUGCUGACUACAUGGUGAGGAAGAUUCUGCACCUGCGGCUGUUUGAGGACGAGAAUGGGCGGGCCUGGAGCCAGAGCGUGAUGGACCGGGGCCUGGAGGUGCUGUGCGUCAGCCAGUUCACCCUGCAGUGCAUCCUCAAGGGAAACAAGCCCGACUUCCACUCCGCCAUGCCCGCCGAGCUGGCUCAGCCCUUCUACUGCAGCAUGCUGGAGCAAAUGAGGAACACCUACCAGCCCCAGCUCAUCAAGGACGGACAGUUUGGGGCCUAUAUGCAGGUCCAUAUAGAGAACGACGGACCGGUCACGAUUGAGCUUGAGUCUCCUACUGGCCCAACGGACCUCAAACAGCUCUCCAAGCAGGAGAAGCAGCAGCAGCGGAAGGAGAAGACCCGGCCCAAACCUCCUUCAGACUCUUCCCGGGAGAAGGCUGCGUCGCGCCCCCGGGCGGACCCCAGCGCCAGCAGCGGGGCGGACGGGGACGUCUCCUCCGAGAGGGAGCCCUAAUCCCCCAACACGGUAAUCCCUAAUCCCCCAACAUGUUUGCGGAGGUGCAGUCGCCGAGACUUAAUGAACUACCCAGAAUCCCCGGGAGGGCUGACAUCAGCGGCGACCUCGAUCCGCCGCUCCCGGACACAUCUCCCCGGGGGGAGGGGGACGCCGCCACUCUCUCUGUCCGCCAUCGACGCCUCGCAAAACCCCACGCUCGUCCACCACCGCCUCCCCUCCUGUUCUGGAAGGACCGGGGAAGGCAGCGAAUUUCAACCAAAAAACCUGUCGAACAAAGGCAGAGACGCGCCAAAAAUAAAUGCAGCUAAUAUUUGUCCCAGCGAGAUUAUUCUCAUUGGUCAUCGGCUCCCCCCUCCCUCCCACCCGCCCCCAGUUUUCAGUGUAAUAUGUAUUCACAUCUUUAUCUUAUUGGGUUGUGGGUUUCCAUGUUAACUUCGAUAUGUAUGUACUGUGUCUUUUUAAAGGGAAGAAAACGCUUACAUACCCGCUAUCUUUUUUAGCAACACGGCUUUGAGAUUGUAUUUUUUCUUCUUCUGUUUGCAUGACCUCUGUAAAUAAGAUAUGUGAUGAAUCAUGUCUACUGCCUGUGUGUGUGUGUGUGUGUUAUCUUUCCAAGCUGUGAUUUUUCUGUCUUGCACUGGCAGGGAGGCAGGACUUGUACAUAAUGGAUGUACUGUAUACUGGAAACCAUUAAAGCAGACAUGAAUUAAACAAAUUACACUUCCACACUGCCUGUCAAA